AUGGAAGACUCUGGAGUUUCAGUGUCCGUAACAGUUUUUCCUCCUGCCAUGGGGAGUUCCCCACCAGUCCCUCAUCUAGUAGCCUUCGUAUCUGUCGCCUGUCCUAAAGUCCUAAGGUCUUCACCUGGUCUUUGCCAAAAAUCGUCGAAUCCCUUAAAGGUUUGGGGCAGGGGACGACAAGUCGUGCCUGAAGUUGUUCAUGCACAUCUUGAGGAGCUCUUGCGGAGUAAACUUCUGGGGACAGGCAAAAGUAGGGGCUCGCCACCUUGCAAUGAACUCCGUGACAGGUUCAUGCUUGGUCUUGAGUGUUCGGGCACUCCAACCCUUCUUUGUGUGUUGCUGAACUGCUUCCUGAACUCCGAGACCCUUGCUUCCCAAGUCGGGAUCGACUGUUCAGAGAGGUGGGCGUACCGUGUAAAGGCGGGCCCCUCCAAUGAUUGUAUGAAAAGCCUAAGGCACAGUGCCCCAUUCUGCGCUACCGGCCCACAUCUUACCAGGAAAUGCGCUAGAUGCUGGCGCGGGUCUCCCCGUUCCGUGGAACUUUAGUCUGGCUGAGAGAACCCUGGUGUAUACGGCACGGAAUCUAUCCAAGCCGGAUAAGGUUUGGUGAUCAUGUGGUUAUCCUCCUCCUUUUCCUUGGCCUCUUUUACUCUUUUCUUGACCAACUGAUUCAUUGUUGCUAGGAGGGUUGUCAAGCUUGUAUAAAAAAAGACGUAUAAUAAAUCGUUGAUUGCUAUUCUUGAACCUCUUCACUAUGCUAAUAAGAUUCAGGAAUUCUCCAACAGAAUGGGUUUCCACUUUUCAUUGGCAAAUCAAGAGGCAGAUGAUAAAAUAUGGCUCUGUUGGAAUCAUCAAGUGAAUGAAGUGCUUGUCGACGCGUUUGAACCAUGUAUCACAGUCGACCUUAAUUCUGAUAUGGUAAGGCUUACCAUUGUUUAUGCAAAGUGCUCUAUUCAGGAGAGAUGGCUUCUUUGGGAAAAACUUCAAUUACUGUCCUAAGACAUACAAGGUCCAUGGAUGGUUGCGGGUGAUUUUAACGCAAUUUCAUAUGUGUCUGAAAAACUUAGUGGCAGACCUCCAAAUCUUUAUCUUUAGAGGAAUUCAAAAGAAAAAUUCACGGACU